GUUAUGGCCAUGCUGGGCAACGCAGCCAAGCCUCUCCGCCACACGGCAGGCAGCAUCCUUGCUUGCCUGUUCAAGCGCAAGCUGGAUCCAGCAGCUCUGGGAGCUGUGUUCCAGAAUCUUUACGUCAACAAUGCUGACGUUGUUGAAGGAAGCCUCUGGGCUUUGGGCCUUAUCUCCGAG